CAACCGAGUCGCCGCCAUGGGAUUCUCCCUCGGUUCGCUGCUCUACGCCUCGCUGCUCCUUGUCAACGCUCUAGCCAUUCUCCAUGAGGAGCGGUUCCUCCAGCGGAUCGGCUGGGGAGUGACACACAACGCAGAUCCCUCGGUCAAGGACCAGAUCUCCAACCUACUCAAGUCGGUCCGCAUGCUACUGCGGAUCCCGCUCAUCGUCGUGAACAUCAUCGUCAUGGCCUACGCCAUGAUCCUUGGCGCAUAGUUCACCUGAACUCGCAAAGUCAUGGCUAUCUUUGUGUCAAAGAGUGCCUAGGAAGCAGUGCGAGGCUGCAAGCGCAACUACCGGGAGCAUGAGGUUGUCGAUGAGCUCCGAGGCGGCUUCGUAGACUGCCACCGUGGUGUUGAGUCCUAUCAGCACUAGUGCCUCAUUAGCUGCCGGCCAGCUCCCACUUCCGGCCCGCCAUACUGCUGCACACGCUGCGCUUCCGGCCACCGCAGCAGCUGCGGUUCCCUGUAUGCUCUUACGCGAGCCGGGCCACUUGAUGCUCCCGUAUCGCGUGCCUACAAAUGACGCGGCGGCGUCGGCAACGCCCAGAACAACCACGCCCAGCGUCGUCACCACUGCCUCGACACCGUCACUCGCCGCCGCCCCUGCCGUUCUGUGAACCACCAGUGGGAGCGCACAGCCAAUGAGCAGGUAGCUAUGCGUCACCACAAGCACGCCCGAGUCGCGAUCGUCGAUGAACUGGUCCAGCACUCCGUCGAGCCAGCUCCCCACACACACGCCAAACACUUCCACACGCAGCACUCGGACCGUUUCUGCAACCACAAACAUGCACAUCGCCGCCGCGUACGCCAGCACCAUCCAUUCGCCGUCGACAAGUGUUGGACCCGUGAACAGCACCACAGCGAGCCCAUGAUACGCCUUGCGCACGUCGACAAGCGCAACGUCGCCGCCCAGCAGCCGCGGCAGCACAAACCCAAAGAAACACCCCAAGACCGC